AUGCCCCACGCAGCUCCUUUGGCAUGCGAAGGAACAAAUCACCUUCCCUGGAAGGCCUCGUGGGUUACCGAGAAAGGGCACAACCGCAGUGCAGGAGCCCCGGACCCAACGCCAGGGCCACAGUGGGGCCUUCUAGAGGCCAAGAAACGGCGAAAGGGCACAAGAGGCAGCAGAAAGAGGUUCGUUCGAAAAACUGCCAUCUUGCAUCAGACCUGGACCUUCAGGCUCUUCCAGGCCGUUCUCCUCCUCCUGGCCCUGACGGUGCUUCUGCUGGCUGGCUUCCUGCACAGGGACGUGGAGCUGUUCACAUCCCUACUCAGGGACCAGGCCGAGGGGCCGCCCAUUGUCAAUGUCAUGUUCCUCAAGACUCACAAGACUGCCAGCAGCACGGUGCUCAACAUCCUGUUCCGCUUUGCGGAGACGCACAACCUAUCGGUGGCGCUGCCCGCGGGCACGCGCUUCCACCUGGGCUACCCCUGGCUCUUCCUGGCGCGCUACGUGGAGGGCUUGGAGCCCCAUGGCCGGUGGCAGCGUUUCAACAUCAUGUGCAACCACCUGAGAUUCAACCUGCCGGAGGUGCAGAAGGUCAUGCCCAACGACACUUUCUACUUCUCCAUCCUCAGAAACCCCGUCUCCCAGCUGGAGUCGGCCUUCGCCUAUUACAGGAACGACGUGCCCGCCUUCCGGGCCGCGGCGAGCCUGGAGGCCUUCCUGGCGUCCCCGCGCACCUACUACAACCGCAGCGCCGGCCUGCGCAACGCCUACGCCCGGAACAGCAUGUGGUUCGACCUGGGCUUCGACAGCGACGCGCCGGCGCGCGAGGCGUACGUGCGCGCGCGCCUGGAGGACGUGGAGCGGCGCUUCCAGCUGGUGCUCAUCGCCGAGCACUUUGACGAGUCCUUGGUGCUGCUGCGCCACCUGCUGCGCUGGCAGCUGGACGACGUGGUGGCCUUCCGCCUCAACUCG